AAAAAUAAAUCACAUCACAUUAAAUUAAAAAGUAUACAACUGAGUUGACAAGACCAAGAUACUGAAAAGAAACAGUGAUAACCGCCUGCUUUCUGUUUUGAAUUUUGAUCAACCUACAAAACAAAACGAUGACUUCUCAGAUCACAGUCACAAAAGACGAUGAAGAGCAACGGCUACACCUGCUCCACCACCAACAAGAAGAAAUCGUACCUUCAUCCGACGAACCGCCUCCACCACCACCUAAUCAACGGCUCAUAUCUCUCGACGUCUUCCGUGGACUCACCGUCGCGCUGAUGAUUUUAGUUGAUGAUGCCGGAGGAGCUUUCCCGUCUAUUAAUCAUUCUCCGUGGUUCGGUGUGACUCUAGCAGAUUUUGUUAUGCCAUUUUUUCUCUUUAGUGUUGGUGUUUCUAUCGGUUUAGUCUUCAAGAAAAUAUCUAGCAAAUCAGUUGCGACAAAGAAAGUCCUGCAGCGGACAGCUAAGUUAUUUCUUCUGGGCGUGUUAUUGCAAGGUGGGUAUUUCCAUGGGCGUGGCCACUUAACCUAUGGGGUUGAUGUGACCAAGAUACGUUGGCUAGGCGUACUGCAGAGGAUAUCAAUUGGGUAUCUGCUUGCUUCAUUGUCGGAGAUCUGGCUUGUGAAUCAUAUGACAGUUGACUCACUUUUGACUUUUGUGAAGAAAUACUAUGUUCAGUGGAUACUUUCUUUGAUGUUAUGUUCCUUAUACAUGGGCUUGUUGUAUUUCCUUUUUGUUCCAAGCUGGGAAUUUGAAGCUGCGAGCAUGAAUUUGUUUGCUUAUGGAUCUGCUACUCAAACUGUCACUUGUGGGGUCAGAGGAAGUCUUGAACCUCCUUGUAAUGCAGUCAGCUUGAUUGAUAGAUUUUUUCUUGGCGAACAUCAUCUAUAUCAACGUCCUGUGUAUAGAAGAACAAAGCAAUGUAGUGUUAAUUCUCCGGAUUAUGGACCUCUGCCGCCAAAUUCACCUCCAUGGUGCCUUGCUCCAUUUGAUCCUGAGGGUGUCUUAAGUUCCUUGAUGGCUGCUGUAACAUGUUUUUUGGGGUUGCAUUUUGGGCAUAUACUUGUUCAUUUUAAGGACCAAAUGCAGAGGGUGCUUUUGUGGUCGAUUUCUUCUUUCACUUUGCUGCUUACUGGAUAUCUGAUAGAACUGCUAGGAAUUCCUUUUUCCAAACCACUGUAUACAUUGAGCUAUAUGUGCGUCACGGCGGGAGUAUCAGGAUUGCUUUUAACCAUUAUGCUUUAUGCAGUUGAUGUGAAGCAUAUUAGAAAGCCAAUGGUGAUAUUCCAGUGGAUGGGAAUGAAUGCACUUAUUAUAUAUGCUUUGGCAGCCUGUGACAUUUUCCCCGCGGCCCUGCAAGGUUUCUAUUGGCGUUCACCUGAUAACAACCUGGUUGAUCGAACAGAAUCUUUGUUGCGGGUCAUACUCCACUCCGAAAAAUGGGGCACUCUAGCCUUCGUGAUUCUGCAAAUCGUAUUUUGGGGCGCUGUUGCUGGUUUCUUACACAUGAAAGGCAUAUAUGUUGGAGUUCACAAGCAUAAGGCUAUUAUCAACAUAGUUUUCUACUCAGCCUAUAGGAGCAUCCCACAGUACUACUAUAAAAAGCAAAAGAAAAAGAUAUAAGCAUCCAAAGCCUCAGCAUUAGCCACUAAACUGAGCCUCGUUGGCUAGUUCUUGUCUUUGAUAAAAGCUAAACACAGAAAAUGACUAAAGGGUAUGUAAAUUAAAGGUUUUUGCUUUAGUAUAUUUGGUUUCUUCCAUUUAACUUCAUGUUUGAUUAAAGAUUUUAGCAGGGAAUUAGUUCCCUUUUGGUUAAAAACACUAUAACCUUAGCUUCAGAUUCUUCCUCUUAUGUGAACAUGAAAAAGAUGACCGUGUCUUUUACAAGGCUUACUUAAGGGGUCAUGCUGUGUGUGCCCUCUUCUAAAAGAAGUUGCUACAUUCUAGAGAAAUGGCAAGUGAGAAAGGUGAUGUUGAGUUGUCAGAACCCCGCAACAAUAGCAAGCGAGAAACAUGUACGGAAUCGUCAAUGUCUAACUGCAAGGGAUGGAUCGCUCCCCGUUUUGGAAGAGCAGUUGCAUACAGGGCUCUGUAUCGUUCAUGCAGCAGCCAUGCUGGAAGUAGAAAGGUAAGAAACGACACAAUGAGAACAUCACCGAGUAGGCUAAGCAAGGUUACUUUGGCUGUUGAUGAGCAAAAUUAGUGAAAGAUUGCUCCAAAUCCAAUCUACUUUGUUAUUAAUUAAGAUCUGUUUAGUGUUAAACAUUGUAUAAUUCAUAUGAUAUUUUGUUAUACAUGUAUCAUCUUAGGUGCUUUUGGUUCAAAGUGGAAAUGAGACAUUCUAUUCUCACA